AAUGUAAAUAAAUCCAAACUGUCUGGUCGUGUCAGAGCCAGUGAAAUGUUGCGUUCGUAUAAAGAUCAAGUUUUUCGAGGACAUUUCCAACGCUAGUCAUAAAAUCGUUGGUUAUUUCAACAUUUUCCUAAAUAUUUAACAAUAAUCAAGUGUAUUCAAUAGUUGUUAAUCGCGUUGAUAUAGAUUUAUAAAGUGUCAUUCGUAUUAUCGAUCAUCGUUUACUCUUAAACUUUAAUGACGAGUGGAGCAUUAAAAUUAUCAAUAAACAAUGUUUUCUCUUAUGAGUGUGGCAGUUAGCAAUAAUAAGCACGAAAAUGACGAACUUUACAGUGCUAUUGCAAACAAAAACGAACAAAAAGUUGCAUUUCUGCUGAGCCAAAACAUAUUCGAUGUGAAUAGAUUGAUUGGAAGAAGUGAACAAAUUGAAAUUAUAAGAAGAGAAACUAGUCAGAGAAUAAAUCGCAUGGAUAAACUUGAAGAUCUUGAUGAACAUCUCAGAGAAACUUUAUUCGAUAAAAUCUAUUCCAAUCUCAAUUAUCCUGUGGGAGAGACAUACUUACAUGUAGCAAUAAAGUGUCAAGCAGUUAAAAUAAUUGAAAUUCUUGUAAAACAUGGAGCUAAAACAACAGCUAGGAAUUGCACAGAUCCAAACUUGGUAACUCAUAAAGGUAGUAGACCACUGCACUUAGCCAUUCGCAAUGAUUCACAUCUCAUGGUCCAACUAUUGCUUCAGCAUGGCGCCGAUGUCCAUGCUGAAUGUUCAGAAGAGCGCCUUUUACGACCUAUUCAUAUGGCAGUACACAAGGGUAACUUUCAAUUAGUGGUUACUUUAGUUCAAAAUGGUGCGGAUGUUAACCACUGUACACAACUAGAUGAAACUCCUUUAAAUAUUGCUGUUGCUUUUGAACACGAAGCUAUCGCUAAAUUUCUUGUUAAAAAAGGAGCAAAUGUUCAUAAUGAAAAAGACGAUCAGAUGUUGCUUCAUAUGGCUGUGAAAGUACGCAAUGCAAGAAUAGUAAAACUUUUAUUGGAAAAUGAAGUAAAUGUAAAUAUUUUCUCCGAUGCAGAUGGAUGGACUCCAUUACAUUGUGCUGUAAGUGAAAGAGAUCAUGAAAUUGUAGAUAUGUUGAUAAAUUGUCGCGCACUGGUAGAUCAAAAAGAGCUUUAUGGUUCCCAAGACACAACUUUAAUCAUGGCUUGUAACACCGGUGAUAUAAGAAUAGUUCGAAGUAUACUGAGAGGUAGGCCAAAUAUCGACGCAUACAAUUUAUGGCACCAAACUGCUCUUUAUUUAGCCGCUGCAAGAGGAAUGAAAGACAUAGUCACAGAGCUCCUGAGGUGCAAUCCCAACCCGGUGAUAAAUCAAGAAGCUCUAUCGUACGCCAUACAAGGCUGCUCGGCGAACCAUCAGGAAAUCGUCAAUAUAUUAUUGGACCACGGCUAUUCCUUGGAUUCUCUCAAUUUGAACGACCACUUCGAAAACUCGCGACUGAUCCGAACCGUUCGAGACGCGACCAAAAACGGCUACAGCAACGUCCUGCGCUGGCUGCUGCUCAGAGCCGUGCACCCGGACAUGCACCUGUACGACCAGUCGGGCAACAAGCUGGUGCACUACGCAGUGCCGCAUCCGGACUGCAUGAGGUUGCUGAUCGAGUACGGUGCCGACGUGCGAGCGCUCAACAACGACGGCCAGAGCCCCAUGAUACUGGCCGUGUACCAGUGCGCCGCCGAGACGGUGGAGCUGCUGUGCGACGCAGGCGGAGUCGACGUGUCCCACGACACCGACCUGUUCUUCUGCGUCAUCAGGAAGAAUCACCCGAGGAUGUUCGAGACGGUGGCGAGGCGCUACCGGCGCAACCUCCUCUACAGGGACGAGUACAGCACCACGGCUCUGCACCUGGCAGCCUGGAUCGGCAACGAGCACUUCGUGCGCACCAUCCUCGACAUGAUCGACGCUCAAAGUGAGCACGAACGCGAGGUCGAGAUGGCCGCGGAACCACUGCACCCGGAGCUCGAGUACAUAACGCCUCUGCACUGCGCUGCCUUCACCGAUCGUCCGACAAUCGUGCGUAUGCUCAUGGAUCGCGGCCACAGCGCCGACGUCUCGGACGGCACUCACAACGCGUUGCAUCUGGCCUGCCUCUACGGCAGGAUCGAGGUCGUGCACGCGAUACUGGACUACGAGUUCGACGUGACGGCCCGCGACGCCGAGGAUCGUACCCUCUUCGAUCUCGGACUCGUCGGCGAAAAAACCAGCCUGCCCUAUCCGUAUCGUUAUCAGCUCUUCGCCAAGGAGCACAUGCUGUGCAUCCCCGCGAGAAUAGAGAGAUGCAGCGCGAACUUCCAAUGCACGGUUUACGAGCUGCUGGUGAGGCACCUGGUGAUACUGCAGUAUCGCCAUCCUGAACUCGAGGAGCAUCAGUUUUACGGCGCCGACCGCAACAUGUUCGUGGAUUGCUACGAGCAGAGCGUCGAGCAGCUCUGCGAGAUGCAGAGCGUGCGCGUGCACGAUCGCAGCCUGCAGGAUCUCGUCGUGGCGCGUCGCGGCACGCUCAUGAGAUACUGCCUGAAUCCUGCGCUGAGGCAGGCCUACCGCGAGCUGAUCGCCCGCGACGGAUUGGCCACGUUCAACGGUUACGACUGCAUAACGAUCAAGAAGAUGGACAUCGCCUUGCGAAGAGCGGAGCUCUACAUGAGGGGUAGACUGUUGUUGCACGAGAUCUUUCCGGCGGAUGUUCCGGCCGAAAUCGUGGGUCACCUCACGUCGUAUUUCAAAGAUCACGAAUUACAAGCUCUUAUCGAGAGAGACGAAGCCGAACGGCUACGAUAAUUUGUUCGUUUUAUUCGCUCGACCCUGAACAAUUGCAGUAUUAUAUCGAGAUUAGAUUUAAUUACGAGUGAGAUUUGAAAAUAUUAAAAUCGUCCUUAGUAUCGAAUUGUGAUAAAUUGAAGAAAUUCAAAUGUUUCAGCCAUUUAUGAUGAGCAUGACUAAUUAAAGUGAGCGAAUUACUUGCAAUUUCUUUUAAUCAAAUCAAAUUGUAAAUAGAAAACAAGAGUCAUAUAAAAAUAUGUUUUGUAAAAUUUAAAUAAUUCUUAUAUAAUUAGAGAGAAAUAUAUUAUAUUUACAUGUAAAUUUAUGUACUUUUAUGUACGUAUUGUAUUACAAGAAUCGUCAUUGACUUUCUUGGAAUAAUUGUUCAAGAUAAAAACAAUGCUGUGAAUAUUUGAAAAACUGGAUCUUGUCAAAUGUUGUUUUACAUGCAAUAACUGUAUUUAAUGAGCUGUGAAAAUGUAUACUUAUUUUUAAUGAAAUUUAAACUUUUUCUCAAAGUUGAAAAUGAUCAUUUGUACAUAAAUCUGCGAAUGCAUAUUUGCAGACCCAUGAUAGAAGAA